UUUCUUGUCUGAGAUGCACGUGGUAUUUAUAGUUAUGUGCAAAACAUAAGGACAUAGACCUUCUCCCCACUUAAAAAAACAGCUUAUAACUUGACAUGAUUUUUGACUCGGAAUCACAAUUGAUAUAUUGGGAUUCCAAGGUAUCAGAGGCUGAUAUGAAUGCAAUGUGGAAACAUCCUGAUGUGUAUAAGGAGUGGAUAAAAUCUGGUGAGAGACGUGGAAAUGUACGAUUCUCCCAUGAUGCAAAGAACAGGCCUUACCUUUCUCGCGUCGAGGUGAAGGAUAUGAUUGCCUUAUCAUGUGUAUAUGAUGGUGGUGAUGAGGAGAAGGAAAUGGAUGCAGCCAGAGAAAUAGGUUGGAGAAGGAAAUUUACUAAGAGAGGACGUGUAAUAAGACCAGGAAUUAUUAGAAUGAAUGGAAAAUGUCCUCUUACACCUUUGGAGGUUGGGUUAAUGCUUCGUGGAAUGGGUUCCAGCAAUAAGACUGCAAUCUUUUUGGCAUCUGGAAAGAUUUACAAAGCAGAGAAGAACAUGGCUUCUCUUCUUGAAAUGCUUCCUCUCCUACAGACAAAAGAGACACUGGCAUCAGAAGAGGAACUUGCUCCAUUCAAGAAUUUCUCCUCAAGGAUGGCUGCUGUUGACUAUAGUAUUUGUGCCCAAAGUGAAGUUUUUGUGACCACACAAGGUGGAAAUUUCCCGUAUUUUCUUAUGGGUCACAGGAGAUACUUGUAUGGUGGGCAUUCAAAAACAAUUAAACCAGACAAAAGAAGGCUUGCUGUACUCUUCAAUAAUCCACGUAUAGGGUGGACGGCAUUGAAGCGGCACUUGCUUAAUAUGAGAGCACACAGUGAUGUCAAGGGGAUCGAAAUGAAAAGACCAAACGAAUCUAUAUAUACCUUCCGGUGUCCUGACUGCAUGUGCCGCUUGAACAGAACAGAACACUCGAAAUCCAAACAGAGUAGAUAGUAUAUUUCGUAUGUAGACCAAAUGGCUAAAACCAUCCAAUAUUUUCAUGGACUGAAAAUGCAGAGAAAGCAACAAAGGUGUAUCAAUACAGUCGUACAAGCUUAGUAUCGGAUGGUUUUUAAUUUGUAUAGCAAAGCACGGGCACAUACCUAUAUAUCUUUUAAUGUAUGUAAAUAUUCUUAACCUUUAAAAGAUACUAACAAGCAGGUAUAACGAUAA